CACCACUUUAGGCCUGCCGCGGCGGUGCUUUCCGUAGUGGAAGAACAGCACAGGUUUACUUCGACUAAAUUUAGCAGUGACGACCGCGAGAAAUGGUUCAUCGAUGACGGCGGGAAGAGAGAGGUCCCGGAAAUGCGCCUCACAAUUCCCCGUGUGAAUGACUGACAGUAUUUUUAGCAGGUGUUGUCAUCCUGCCUUAUCGCGGUGUAUAAAGGGAAGACGCGCAAAAUGCAGUUGUACAGCAGCGCGCUAACACACUACCCGGGAUCAUCGCGGAAAUACAGAGUGACUGUCACAGCAGAGUUCAAACCGAGUCUGAACUCCGGGAAAGAAACCAAGGCAGAAGAUUCAGGCAGGGAGAAGUGGACACACGCGAAUAUGCCCGCGUUUUCGUGCUACGAGGCCUCAAUCAGGCCCGUUUUCUACACGUCCAAAGCGGAGAUUGUCAUUACAAGACCGGAUGGUGUGGAGAAGUGUGUCCCUAUUCAGAUCAUGAAGGAUCUGCACACCGCUGGAAAUACAUAUACAUACAGAGCUCCGUGUACAGAGGGGGACACUGAUCAGUCAGAUGGAGAUCUGACCACGAGUGCUUCUCCUGAUCAGAGAGUGAACAUUUCUGGGGAUAAGAAUGAGAUAACUCAGAGCAACUCACUCAACUUUAAUAACUUGUUAAGAAGAAAUGAUUGUAAUGAAGAGCUCCUGGUGUAUGUUCAUGACGAUGAGGAGGAAACUCCAAAAGGGUUUUCACAAAGUAUUCCGUUCAGUUGCAAAUGGGAAAACCCGUCGGAAGUAUUCCGAAGCCAGAGUAACCUGAAAUGUCAGCAGAAGGAUGAAGAAGAAAUGUCAGAGGAUCCAGUGUUACAGCUGCAUGUUCUCCAGGAGCCUGCAAGGAGCAAGAGUGACCUCAAUGAGAAGGUUAGCCAGUACCUGGCUGAAGUGGAGAAACAGAACAAAUACCUCCAGGGGAGAAAGAAGUACCGUUUUCAUAUAAUUCCAGAUGGAAAUUGCCUCUACAGGGCAGUGUCGAAAGCAGCAUAUGGUGAGCAGUCGAUGCACAGUGAGCUAAGAGAGCACACAGUGCAUCACAUUGCAGACCACCUGGAUGAGUUCAGUCCAAUUAUCGAAGGCGAUGUGGGUGAAUUUCUAAUCAGUGCAGCGCAGGAUGGUGCCUGGGCAGGCUACCCUGAGCUACUGGCCAUGAGCCAGAUGCUGAAUGUAAACAUCUAUCUGACAACAGGAGGCAGUCUGGCAAGUCCCACCGUCUCCACCAUGAUACACUAUCUGGGUGAGGAGGACUUGACAAAACCUGCCAUCUGGUUGAGUUGGCUGAGUAAUGGUCAUUAUGACGUGCUGCUGGACUGCUGCCUGCCCAACCCAGAGUAUGAUGACUGGUGCCUGCACACACAAGCACAGCGAAAACGUGAUGAAGAUCUUGCCAAGUCCAUGGCGGCUACUUUGUCCAAAAUGUACAUAGAGAAGAAUGGCCUUUAAGAACCCUUUUUUGUAGGAUUUGUAAUUUGCACAACUCAUUUCUAGUUCCAUGGUGUUUUGAUUUUUAAAGACUCAAGUGACUUAAAUCUUUCUUUAGAAAAUGGCUAUCCAAGUAGAUAUUUCUUAUAUAUUUAGUGCUUGUUGUUUUUGAAAAGCUCUGCAGACUGUAUAUUUCUGAACACAACACAACAUUGAUAUGGCACUGUUUUUUGUAAACCAAAGUUUUGUUAUGAGGUUGUUUCAAGAAAUGGUCAGACUGUAAACAAUAUACAGUCUCUCAGGUUCAAUUUUGAUUUAUGAUUUAAUGAAUUUUAAUUAAAAAAAAUUCUGCAUGAUCAGAGACAAUGAUCCAAAGAUGCUCUUUACUGUACUGAUGUCUUAUUCUCAUGCUGGUUUUUAUUUUUUUUUUUUUGGGGGGGGUCCCCCCCACACUUCUGAUUGAAGUGUUUUUCUUAUUCCUUUAUUUAUUAUAGCAUAUAUAUAUAUAUAUAUAUAUAUAUAUAUAUAUAUAUAUAUAUAUAUAUAUAAAUAGUAAAUGCACGAAUAUUGCCAUUGUGUACAUAC